AUGGAAACUUUAAGCAUUUCUGACAGCAUUACUACCGCAACGUUGGGUUAUACGCCAGAUGUUUCCAUUGACGAGAGCCAGGAUGAGGACUCCGACGAUAUUGUCGCUGGCUGGGCCAUUGCCAUCGCCCAAUGCGAAAAAACCCUAAGUAAAGAGGACUUUACAAAGCUGCAAAGCUUUUCCACGCCGGACCUUCUUUUGGAAGAUAUCAAAGGGGGACCUCUUGACAAGCAUAAUCUCUUUCGGAUCCGGCGUCCCAUUCGGACGAUGAAGUCGUUUCUCACCUUUUUCGUGGUUACGAUGUCUCCCAGAACCUUGAAAUCCUCCAUCUUCUGGGGUCUAGUCUAUCUCCUCGUCGAUGUGAGCUUUGAUAUGACUGAGAUGAACAACAACAAAUUGAAGGAAGAUGUUAUCGAGAUGCUAGAGAAAGUCACCAGGUCUUUAGAGGAAUGCAAGCGAGCUCAUCAGAAUACCCGGUUUGAUGAAGACUUGAAGCUGAUCUUGAAUGAUGCCUUUAUUGCUCUGAUUCUAUUUUGGGCAGACACGGUCAGCUUUAUGCGGGCGUAUCCUAAUGGAAAGGACGAGCAGGGCACCUCAUAUGAUUAUGAACGAGAGAUCAAAAAAGUAAACGACACGUUCGACCACUUGAAAGUGUGUGCUACUAGUAUGCCGGAGUCCGGACCAAACCCCUCAGUGGUCCCAAGUGACGUGCCGCUCCGGUCAUUACUGCCCAAAGACCUAUCAUUGCCUUGUGGGGAAGCACCAUACUACAGCGACGUUGAUUUUUAUGGCCGGCAAGUCGAACUCGAAAAGAUAAAUGCAGCCUUGGGUUCGCAAGUUGACAAGAGUGACAAAUUGUUCACCAUUUGCGGUCUUGCAGGUGUCGGAAAGUCCAAACUAGCCAUGGCCUACGCAAAGAAAUACGCCCGCCAAUUUGAUGUUAUACUCUGGGUAAAAGCACAGACAGCUCUUUCACUCAGCCAAAGUUUCACUGAGAUUGCCACUGAGCUUCGACUGCCAGGUGCGCGUAGCAAUUCGGAAGAAAAUCGGCAGCUUAUACUGGACUUUCUUAAACUCAACAGUGGCCGUUGGCUUAUCAUCUGGGACAACGUUGAGACAUUCGUGUCUGUUGCGCAACAUCUCAAGGAUCUAUCAUGGAACUCAAAGUCAGCGUCGAUGUUGAUAACGACCAGAUAUCCCAAAGAAUUAGCAUUCUUUAGGUUAAGGGGAGGGAUCUUGAAUCUCGCCAAAUUCACUCUUGCUGACUCGAAGGAACUCUUUUCGAAAUCCUUGGGUCCUGACUACCACCACAUCAAAGACAGCCCAGAAGAACUAAAAGCUGCCGAGAUGUUACUCAGAAAGGUGGAUGGCUUAGCGAUCGGCAUAUGUACAAUAGCCACACGAAUCGCUUCUCAGAGCCAGUCUAUCCAAACUUUCCUCAAACGCUACCGUAAAGGUGAACUGGGAUCGGCCAAAGGCGAGCUAGCUGAUUACGAUCUGACAAUGGAAACGAUAUGGAAUGAAUCCUUCAAAGUCCUGGAGAAGGAGGAGAGAAGGGGGCAAAUUUAUAGCUUCAGCUUGCUUGGAAUUCUGUCAUUCUGUUCUCCGGAUUCAAUUCCUCGGGAAUUAUUCAUAAGCGAAAGUCUUCAUGAUGCUCCUAACUUCUGCGAAGACUCUGAGAAGUUGAGUUACUUCCAAACCCCCUUUGUAGUUUUCAGGUCUGACCGCGUCAACCCUUGCGUUUCUAUACACCGCCUAGUCCAAAGUGCAUUUCUUAACGAUUUGACUGACGAGACAGCCCAAAAGUUCUUUGACCUCGCGGUGACUUUGGUUCACCAUGCUUUCCCGAAACAAGUGGAAGGUCGCCCGCUCCAUCGCUACUGGGACAAGUGUCACAUGUUCAUCCAGCAUGGCGUCUGGCUCGCCAACAUGUAUGCAGAUUCUCUAACGUCAAAUAGGAAGCUGCAUCCCUCUCAAAAGUUUUCAGAACUACUCUCCAACUGCAUUUGGUAUUUAGUCGAAACCGGACAACAUUCCGAGGUCCAGCGCAUUAGUGAGAUUGUCUUAAAGGCCAUUGACCCGACCACAUAUCUCUACGCGCAUCUUCACAAUUCGCUCCUCGUUACGGCAUGGCUGAAAAACGACUUGAGAAAUGCCUUUGCUCAUUCCGAUGUGGUUUUGUCUGCUAUGAAGCCUCACAGGGAGGAGAAUUCUGAGGAAUUUGUUGGAAUUCUCUCCAACCAAGCAAAUUUACUAGCCUCGAACAGAGACGACGAAAAGGCUCUCCAGCUUCUUCUUCAGGUGGAAGAUACUCGUAAGCAAUUUCACCUCCCCGAGAAUAUUGCUCUCGCUUUCGUAAACCUUGCUAUUGGCCGUCUACUUUGCCGAAUGGGAGAUCUCAAGGAUGCCGAAGUGAGGUUCAACAACGCGCGAGAGAUUGUUCGUAGAGAACAUGGCGAAAACGGCCAGUAUAUGCAACAGUAA